AUGAUAGACCUUUGCCGAGUACUCUGUCUGUUCGCUGUUUGUUUUACUGCCACUGCCACUGCUCAGCGCAGUUUUUCCAUUGAUUAUGAGAACAAUCAGUUUCUAAGGGAUGGCAAACCAUUUCGGUACAUUUCUGGAUCAAUACAUUACUUCCGAACGCAUCCCGACCAAUGGGAAGCUCGUCUGCAGGCUAUUCGAGCUGCUGGACUAAACGCCAUCGAGACGUAUAUCCCAUGGAAUUUUCACGAGACAUUCAAAAACGAGUAUGACUUCACAGGAAUGCGGAAUUUUUCACGAUUUUUUGAAUUGGCCGCUGAGAAUGAGCUGGCUGUGAUCGUUCGACCCGGGCCGUACGUCUGUGCCGAAUGGGAAAAUGGAGGCUUACCGUAUUGGUUACUCAAAUAUCCCAACAUCAAGCAGCGGAGUUCAGAUUCUAAUUUUCUUCGCGAAUCCCUGGCAUGGUGGGACGUGCUGUUGCCUAUGAUAAGGCCGUAUCUAUGGCAAAACAAUGGCCCUGUGAUAAUGGUUCAGAUCGAGAACGAAUACGGUAGUUUUGGCUGUGAUCACGUUUAUCUUCAUGCACUACGGGACAAAGCUGUUGAAAUACUCGGAAAUGACACCGUGCUGUUUACGACGAUCCACCAGACGAUCGAAUGUGGCGUGAUCGACGGCGUCUAUGCGACGGUGGAUUUUGGAGAACGGGGAUUGCUUCUUGCUGACGAGUACUUCAAGAUACAAGCCGACGCAAACAAGAAAAAAGGUGGCCCACGUGUGGACUCCGAGCUCUACCCCGGCUGGUAUCGUACGUGGGGAGAGAAGGGCAUUGAGCAAAAUCCCAGCGCUUCUACAGUUUUGGAAAUAACGGAAAAGCUGUACAACUUGAAUGCGUCUUUCAACUACUACAUGUUCCACGGUGGUACAAACUUUGGGUUCUGGAAUGGAGCCGAAUAUGCAGCAGGGGUUAGGCAACUUGUAGUUGCUAUCGUCGCGGUUCAUCGAGGUGGGAUCAGGAAGGGCGAAGUGGCUCCGCCCUUC